ACGGCACAAGUGUGAUUGACAGGAGGUUAUCGUCUUUUCAUCCAAUAGUAACUUAGCUUUCUGUUUUGUGGGCGUUAUUUCCUGUACUGUUUUGCAUGCAAUUUUUUCUUCUAAACUGCUUGUGUAUGUUGGAAGACUGGAGACUCGGAGCUAACGGAUUUAACGGCUUUCCCUCAUCCGGAUGGACCGCUAACGUUAGAGAAAUGAUGUGGAUUUCCAGUGCGCCCACUUAAAAUGUAAUUGGAUUUUAGAGUUCCCGUCAUCUGCUGUGGAUGAACCGGAGCCGGUGGCGUUCAGCUGGACAUGGCCAGCCCACACCUGGCUGAUCUGUCCCAGGCCUGGGAGACGUAUAUGGACUGCCGGGCACAGGGAGCAGAUCUACAGGUGAUUCUUCAGUGCUUAGAGAGUUUUCUGUGUCUGUUCCACUGUGUGAGACACAUCAGUGACCUGAGAGGAAAAGAUGCACUGAAGUUCUGCUCGGACAUGAGUGGGGCCAGUAACACCCUGGCACGGGAGUUCCUCACGGAUGUGCAUCAGUUGUGCAGUGCAGUGGCCCAGCGGGCGGAGGAUGAAGAGGAGAGUCACAUGGUGGCCCUGGGGGAGUACCUGGUGCGUGGACGUGGCUUCCUGCUCCUCAGCACCUUGGACUAUGUUAUUGAUCAGGAGCUGACCUGUCGAGAAGAGCUGCUUACACUCUUGUUAUCUCUGCUACCUCUGGUCUGGAAAAUCCCUGUUCAGGAGGAGAAAGCUCCAGAUUUCACCCUGUCUUCGUUACUAGAGGUGUUUCUGUGUCAGGAGGGAAGGACCAUUCCUCAUAAGGCGGGGCAAGAUAAAUGUGAUGUACAGAACUCUGGGAAACGUUUAUCUGGCUCUUGGAAGUCACGACGGUCACGCAGGACAGCUCAGCGAUACUCUGUAAGGGAUGCACGCAAAUCUCAGCUUUCCACAUCAGACUCCGAAGCAAACUCUGAUGAUAAAACCACAAACGCUGGGAGCAAACAUCGACGAUUCCACAGUUCGACCAUUCGUGUUAGUUGCCAGCUUCACCACUCCAACAUUCCAUCGCAUCCGCCGUCGCAGCAUCUUAUCCCUGAUGCCAUGAGCACUGUUGACCGAUCCCAACCUCAUGUGAGACUGUUCGGCUCCCACACGCUGGAUGCUAACAUGUUGGCAGAUCCCACAGCUCUCUCAAUCUUCAACCGCAUGGAGAACUCGCCAUUUGAUCUUUGUCAUGUUUUACUUUCACUUCUUGAAAAGGUUUGCAAAUUUGACAUGACUGUCAAUCACAACCCAGGUUUGGUGGUUAGUGUUGUUCCCACACUUACAGAAAUUCUCACAGAGUUUGGUGACUGCUGUGGACCUGGUGGGGGAGGUGGGGUUGAUGAGCUGGCUGGAGGCUGGACUGAGGAACCAAUUGCACUUGUUCAAAGAAUGCUUUUACGCACCAUUUUGCACUUAAUGUUUGUAGACGUGGGUCAAAAUGAAACACUGCCUGAUAACCUGCGUCGAAGUCUGACUGACCUUCUAAGAGCCACUUUAAAAAUUCGUGCCUGUUUAGAAAGGCAAGCUGACCCUUUUGCUCCAAGGUCGAAGAAGACUUUGCAGGAAAUUCAAGAGGAUUUUUCUUUUUCAAGGUACCGUCACCGGGCUUUGCUACUUCCAGAACUCCUUGAGGGUGUCCUACAGCUACUGCUGGGUUGCUUGCAGGUCUCGGCUCCCAACCCUUUUUUCUUCAGUCAGUCCCUUGAGUUAGUUCAUGAAUUUGUACAACAUCGUGGCCUGGAGCUCUUCGAGGCAACAGCCCUUCGCCUGGAAGCCUUAGCAGGAGCUCGAGAUUCAGAAGUAGGCAAUGAGGCGUCUGAGCGUCUGCGCUCUCUGAUAGCUGGCGUACUUAAGAUAAUCAGUGCGGUGAAGAGGGCCAAGUCAGAGCAGCUGCAUCAGUCUGUUUGUGCACGUCGCCGACAUCGUCGCUGUGAAUACUCCCACUUUUUGCACCAUCAUCGUGACCUCUCUGGCUUGCCAGUCUCUGCUUUUAAGCAGGCAGCUCGAUGUAACCCUUUUGAGGAGGAAUCAGAUGGACGUGAUGGAGAAGUGCGAUAUCCUGAACGCUGUUGCUGCCUUGCAGCUUGCGCACACCAAUGUUUGCGUCUCCUCCAACGCCUCUCACCCUCAGGUCCCGCUGUGCUGCAGGUGCUGGCUGGAGUCCAAGCUGUCGGCAUCUGUUGUUGUAUGGACCCAAGGUCUGUCAUAGGGCCUUUGCUUCAGGCCUUUCAAGCCCCAGGACUGCGGAGCUACCAGUCCCAUGUGCUCAGUGUACUUAGUAGACUUGUCUUAGAACAGCUCGGAGGUGGUCAACCAUCCGAAAAAGCCAAACUUGCCUCUUGCAACAUCUGCACUUUAGAUAGCAGUCAGUUCCAUGGUCUUGAAGAGACCUUGCAAGGCUGUGGAUCUGGAAAAGAAUCGAACUUAUCCACGUCCCCGUGUCCCUCUUAUCGUUCUCAAGGGAUCUUGCCCAGUGGAGGAGCUGAAGAUAUGUUAUGGAAGUGGGAUGCUUUAGAGGCCUACCAGGAGCUAGUGUUUGGAGAGGACUGGCAGUUGAGUCAACAGAUCGCGAGUCACGUAUGCCAGCUGACUUUACGGGGCAAUGCGGUAGUGCAAUGGCAACUCUACACUCAUAUUUUUAACCCUGUGCUACAGCGGGGUGUGGAACUGACCCAUCAUGCUCAGCAGCUUGGUGCAUUGACUCCAUGUAGCCAGAUAUGCAGCUACCAUACCCAUUGCCUUCCUGUUGAGGUAUUGCUGGUUUAUCUUCAAACCCUGCCUGCUCUCCUAAAGUCAAGCCGGGUGGUACGUGACCUGUUCCUGAGUUGUAACGGAUUAAACCAAGCCACAGAGUUGAUCUACUUGGACUGCACUCGUCCGUGGGCGCUAAAAGUUUUUGAGACGUUGAUCUUAAAUGCGUGGCACCACCCUGCUGAAUCUGCCGUGCAGGAGCUAGAAAGAGCCGAAGCUCAGGAGAGGGAGGCUGUGCUUGGACUCGUAGAGGAACUGGGUUCACGUGGGGCCGCAGAGGGCCCUCAGAGCCUGACUAAGUUUUACGAAGGCCUGAAAGAGGCAUGCCCUCAACCGAAGGGCAAAAGCGGGAAAGUGUCUCUUUCCGGAAUGGGCCGGAACCGAGGUGAGGCACAUUUGAACACAAUCAACCUUUUCCUGUGUGUCAUCUUCCUGUGUGUGAGCAAAGAGCCAGACUCUGACAGAGACUCUGCGAAUGACUCGGAAGACACCUCAGGCUAUGACAGCACAGCCAGUGAGCCGUUGGGUGGCCGCCUACCAUGCCUUUCCCCAGAUAGCGUGGCUCUGCCCUCCAAAGAGCAAGUGAAGAGGGCUGCCGAUGUGUGGACAGUGUGCCGUUGGGUGUACAUGGCAAGUCCGGUUUUCCAAAGACAGUUUUUCAGACUGGGAGGACUGGAUGUGUGUUCACGCCUCAUGACAAUGGUCAUCCAGAAGCUCACCUCUAAAAUCAAAGAGUGUAAAGUCAAGAAGAAAAGAGAGAAUAAAGGUAAAGCCAGUCCGUCCCACACAGACUCACCCGUCCAGAUUUCUGGUACGAAGGAAACACAUGGGCUUGAACUAAAUGACACAUCUAGCCCCUCUCAGAUGGAGAGCAGGACAGGUGACACUGCUCUUGAAGAGGAAUGGCCCCUACAAAGUAUUCGACUGCUGGAGGCGCUUCUAGCUAUCUGCCUUCACAGUGCCAGUUCAGCACUGCAGAGAUUUGAACCAGAUCUUUCCUUCCAGCUGCAGUCUGUGGAGGAGACCCUGUGUGAAGUGAGGGAUCAGCUUUCACGAUCUGGAAUCGUGAAUUCUGAACUGGCAGUCCCUCUGUUUGAUUCUUUGCUCCGUGUAGCACAGGCUGAACUUUUUUGCAAUCCAGAUGUUAUUGAGGAAAAGUCUGAAAAGAAGUCUCAAGUAAGCAGUGAGGUGACACCUCCAGCAGGUGAUCUGUCUGAAGAAACAGAUGAAGCUCAGGUGAGUGGCGUCCUGCCCUUGGGAGAAGAGGAAGGUUAUGACGCAGACAGUGAAAGUAACCCCGAAGACUCCGCCCGUCAGGAGGAAGGGAUAAAGGUGGAGGCCGGAGCGAAGCUGGAGGAAUGUGUCAUGGCAGGUGUGCCACAAGGCUCCGGCUGUGGCCGAUUGCUCUUCCCGGAGAUCUGCUUAAUGGAGCUGCAGCUGUUAGCCAACGGCUCACCGGACCUGGAGGUUUUGGGCCAAGUGUUACAAAGCCUUUUAGGAGCCAUCAAAAGCCACAAAAGUAAUGCCAGACUACUCUACCAGCAGGGUGGUGUGAAAGCCAUUCUCACUGGAUUUCAAAACAUUCUCAGCCAAUCAGAUGCCUGCUAUAAAGAGUGUCAGACGAUGUUAGUGGAGCUGCUGGUUGCCAUGAUGAGUGACAGGAUCACAGCAGAGGAACUUGCACUGUUAACUCGCCUCUUCUUGGAGAAAACUCCUCCCACUGAGAUCUUGCUGAGGGGAAUUCUCAAAAUUGUAGAGGCCAGCUCUGAUACAGAGCCUCUGUACUUCAUGCCCUUUCCAAUGAACCCCGGCACAGGAGACGCGCACCCCGGGAUGAGACCCCAUGGGACAGCUGGGAGUAAAAGCGGAGUAAACACUCUUUUGAGGAGUAAAUUAUCCAUAGGCAAGGUUGAUGGAGACACGGGCAGGCCUGGUCACCUCCGCACUUCUCCCUGGCACACAGCACCCUUUCACCUACCCCUGGUUGGCCAGAACUGCUGGCCUCACAUGGCCAGUGGCUUCAGUGCCUCACUCUGGCUACGAGCUGUAAAGGAUGAAGAAGCCCGUUCUAAGAGCGAGGAGGAGAUGUUUCGGCCUGAGGAAUCCCUGCACACUGCCGCCCAUGUGGCGGAGCAGCAGGUGGACAAAAGCCUCAUGCAUGUUCUCUCUAUGGGUUCUAAGGCUGUGAUGCUUCAGGUGUGGGUGAACAUCUCCACAGGAGCUUUUACCUUUAGAAUUUGCAUGGAUCCGAAUGAUGAGAUGAAGGCGGGGCUUCUCGCACAGGCGGAGUCAGGAGAUGGUGUGUUGACAGCAGGCAGGUGGCAUCACCUGGCGUUCACAUACACACAGCAGGCAGAAGGGAAGAAAAACAUUCACGGUCAACUGACUCUGUGGGUCUGCGGCAUCAGAAGGUGUGAUGUCUCGCUAGACUUCACUUUACCCAGGAAGUCCAGUCUGUCAUCGGACAGUAAUAAGACCUACUGUAUGCUUGGACACUAUCAGCACCCCUCAGAGGAGCCAUCCAACCCCAGUGCAUGCUGGGAUAUGGGCACUCUACUGCUCUUUAAUGGCUCUCGGAUAGACACGGCAGAAGCUUUUUACCUGUACGCCAGCGGGCCUGACCUUACCUCCAUAAUGCCCUGCAAAUACGGGAAAUCGCACAGGACCCUGUCUAAGUAUGUGACACAGGAGGGUCUCCAGUGUGAGCAGAUACGAGAGUUUCUUAUGAGGAACAUUGAAGUUGACAUCUCACAUCUUACUGAGAGUUUAGCAAUAGUUUAUGCUCCAAGUGCCCCAUCUGUGUACACUAUAUAUGAGCCGGUAAUCCGUCUGAAGGGCCAGGCCAAAGCAGCGGUGAUCUCCCAGCGGCCUUUCAGUGCCAAAGAGGUCCAGAGCUCAGUGCUGGAGCCCCAGUUUCUCCGGACUGUGAUGCCCUCCCAGGCUGUGGGUCUGCACAGUGUACUACACAAGAUUGGCGGCACUGGCUCGUUUGUCUUCCUCUUUGCUCGGGCUGUGGAGUUGAGUGAUUGUGAGACAACUCAAGCCCUCGCCCUGCAGCUGUUACUGGCGCUAGUUAAAAACAAUCAACAUCGCACACAUGAGAUGAAGUGUUACAACGGUUAUUCCAUGAUUCACCAGGUUCUCAUCAAGCCCAAAUGCAUUGUGGGAUACCACAUUCUCAAGACACUGCUGGAUGACUGCUGCAGUGACUCUAUCCUGACUGUUGGAGAGGAUGGUCAGUUUCAUCUGGAUGUUGAAUCCACAGCAGUUGUGCAAGACCUCAGACUGCUAUCUGAAAUACUGCUGGACUGGAAGAUAUGGGCUAAAGCUCAGUGUGGCGUGUGGGAGACGUUGUUGGCCGCUCUUGAGAUCCUUAUUCGAGUUCAUCAUCCUCAGCAGAUGUUCAACAUCCGUCAGCUUCUCAAGGCCCAGGUGGUCCAUCGCUUUCUCCUCACAUGUCAGGUGCUUCAGGAGCAUCGGGAUGAGCACCUGACCUCCAUCCCUCAGGAAGUUUGUCUGUCAUUUGUCAAAAUCAUCCAGGAGGUUUUGGGAUCACCACCGGACCUGGACCUGUUACGGCUGGUUUAUAAUUUCCUGUUAGCCGUGCACCCCCCCACUAAUACUUAUGUAUGCCACACGCCCAGCAACUUUUACUUCUCCCUGCACAUCGAUGGUAAACUGUACCAGGAGAAAGUUCAGUCCAUGAUGCAUCUCCGGCACUCCAGCAGUGGAGGAAAAUCAGCCUGUAGCUCAGUCGUCUCUCUCUCCCCGACAGUCUUCACAGAGAUGCCAGCUGAAGCACGCCACACUUCCUCCUCUGAGCAUGGAGAUGAAGACCAGUCACUGCGGCCCCCAAGCGUUGGCCCUUCUCCACACUCCUCUCCAUCACUCACACCACGACUGGCUCGGAGGCACUUAAUGGGGUCCGUCGGGCCGGAGGAGGGUGCGAACCUGGGUACCCAGCAGGCCCUGGGCAGCACGGAGACCCUGAAACGCGACGACCAGCUACUCAGCAGCUGCGAGUCGGCAAAGACCAUUUGCGAUUCUCAGAAUGUGAGCGGUGAGGCGAGUGGCACUGGUGAAAAUCGAACACCCUCCAUCAGCAUAGAGGAGGAGCACGACGGGCAAACGGGUAGCACGCUGGAGUCAGACGACCAUCUCGAUUGGGUGAGUGAGGAAGCGCCACGGCGACCGGACAGCUUGAAGGGAAUCCAGCCAUUCCAGAGGAGCCACAGUAAUCUGGCCAGUUUGGGUUUGGCUUUCCCAGCACAGAACGGCUCUCUGGUGAUCGCUCGCUGGCCCACCGUGGCUGACCGUGCUGCCCCACCAGACGACUGGGAGAGUUAUACAUACUCGCCUGGUUAUGAGAGACACAGCAAGGCAGAUUCCAGCAAUGACAGGUCCAGUGCAGAGGACUGCCUGGUUUUGGUCUGCUGUGGACUGUAUGAUCUGUUGAGAGGAGUUCUGCUUCUUCUGCCAGAUCUCCUGCUGGAGGAGGUGAUGGACAAACUGAUUCAACCGGAGGCUCUCCUUGUCCUCGUCAAUCACUCUUCUCCUCUCAUACAGCAGGGGGUCAUGAAGCUCCUGGAUGCGUAUUUCAGCCGGGCUCAAAAGGAGCAGAAGGAGAAGUUUCUGAAGAACCACGGCUCACUGUUAGCCAAUCAGCUUUACCUCCACCAGGGCUCUCUCGGCCUGCUUGAGUGUUUUCUGGAAAUGCUGUUUGGCCGACCGGUGGGCCUAGAGGAAGAUCUGGAUCUGGAGGACAUGGAGAACAUCUCCCCGUUCCGUAAGCGCUGUAUUAUUCCUGUGCUGGGUCUUCUGGAGAACUCACUGUAUGAGAAUUCACUCGUACACAACAGUCUUUGUGUUCUGCUACAACUGAUAAACACCUGCCCGAAGCUUGCUGACAUCCUUCUGGACCACGGCCUGCUCUACGUGCUCUUCAACACGCUCUCCACACUCAAUGGUCUAGAGAAUGGGAUUCCUCCGAAUGACUAUAAGCUGGUGGUAUGUGAUGUUCAGCAGCUGUUGGUUGGGGUGACCAUCCACUCUUGCAGCUCCUCGGGUUCUCAGUACUUUCGCAUUAUCGAGGACCUCAUCACUUUGUUGGGCUACAUGCGAAACAGCAAAGUUCGCCGCACAAAGGAAAUGGCCGUAACCCUGCAGUUCAGAGUGAUCCAGGCUGCCAUUGACUUCAUCAAGACCACGGCCAAUCAGGACCCUCAGAAGUCUAGCAGCUAUGUGCACGUCCCCACCUCGCCACAUCACGCUCUCCAGCAGAAGCGCAAAAGCAUUGCAGGUCGAAGGAGGUUUACGCUGGCACAGUCGGACUCGUUGCUGACCCGAAUGCGAUCCGUGGCCAGUGAUGAACUUACGCAGAUGAUGCAGCGCAGGAUGAGUCAGGAGAACCCGAUCAGAGCCAGCGAGACCGAGUUAGUCCAGCGUCUGCAGAGACUUGUGGUUCUGGCCGUUAACAGACUUAUUUAUCAAGACAACAACCAGGAUUCCUUUGACCUCCUGAACUUUCCUGAGUCUCCUGAUCACUUGGCGUCCAUGAAUUUAUCUGGUGAGCAGAUGACCGAGGAGACACCAUCCACCCCACUACCACCAGGAAACGUGAAGACAUUCCGCAAAGACAUUCUCAAGCUCAUGAUGGAGGGCAUAAAGAUCGGUUUGGGCAGCGGCAGUCGUGGCGGUGCUCCUCGUCAGCAGUGGAAGAGAAUCUUGUGGUCCUGUCGGGACACAUUCAGGGUCCAGAUCGGCCGCAUGCUGGUGCACAUGCUCAGUCCUGCAGUACCUCUAGAGGACAGGAAGGAGGCACUAGAGUUUGUCUAUGAGCAAAACUACUCGGAGAUCCUCAGAGAAAGCCUCAGUCCUGGCCUGGAGCACGGACCCAAACUGGCUCUGUAUCUGUACGAGCUGUUACACGACCACAAAGACGCCCUGAGCAAAGAACAUCAGGCCGCUGGAAACACCUUCAUGACAGCCCUGAAACUGUGUGGUCAUCGCUGUAUCCCACCCAGUGUUCCACCCAAACCAGACCUCUUGAAGGCCAUCAAAGAGGAGCAAUUGAAAUAUGAAUCAGAGGCAAGAACCAGCAAAGGAGCAUGGGAAAAGAAGCUGGACAACACCCAGAGAAGCCUGCUGCAGAGGUUAGAGGGGAAGUCGAAGGACAUCUCGAAGAUCGCUGGGGACAUCACUCAGAGCGUGUCUCUGAGGCAGGGCAUAGAGAGGAAGAAGAUCAUGCAGCACAUUAGAGGCUUGUAUAAAACAGAUCUGAGCGCCAGCCGCCACUGGCAGGAGUUGGUCCAACAGCUGACCCACGACCGGGCUGUGUGGUAUGAUCAGUUAUCUUACCCCACAUCAUGGCAGCUGGAUCCCACUGAAGGUCCGAACCGAGAACGAAGACGCCUGCAGCGCUGCUACCUGACCAUCCCUAACAAAUACCUGCUCAAAGACAGACACAAGCUUGAUGACACCAUGAAAACUCCCCUGGCCUUCCUGUUUGAGGAUAAAACUCACUCUUCCUCCUCUAUUGUGAAGGACAAAGCCACCAGCGAACCCAUCAGGUUCACGAGAAGGUGCGUUAGUGUGGCGCCCUCUAGAGAGACUCCUGGAGAACUGCUGCUAGGGAAGUCUGGGAUGUAUUUUGUGGAGGAUAAUGUAGCGGAGACGCAUGAAAACCAGACGCCACAUGGAGAGACAGAGCCCGCCUCCUUCUCAUGGACGUAUGAGGAGAUAAAGGAGGUGCACAAGCGCUGGUGGCAACUCAGAGACAACGCUAUGGAGAUCUUCCUCACUAAUGGCAGGACAUUGCUGCUCGCUUUUGAUACUACUAAGUUCCGUGAUGACGUCUACCACAACAUACUGACCUCAGACCUGCCAAACCUGCUGGAAUACGGCAACAUCACAGCACUCACUCACCUGUGGAGCUCAGGACAGAUAACCAACUUUGAGUACCUCACCCAUCUAAACAAGCACGCGGGUCGCUCGUUCAAUGACCUCAUGCAGUAUCCCGUCUUCCCCUUCAUCCUUCGAGACUACGUCAGCGAAACACUGGACCUGCAAGAAGCCUCCAUUUACAGGAACCUCAGCAAGCCCAUCGCUGUGCAGGCCAAAGACAAGGAAGAUCGUUAUGUGGACAAUUACAGGUAUCUGGAGGAUGAAUAUAAGAAAGGCAAGAGAGAGGACGACCCCAUGCCACCUGUCCAACCCUAUCACUACGGCUCUCACUACUCUAACAGCGGCACAGUCCUACACUUUCUUGUCAGAUUGCCUCCCUUCACAAAGAUGUUUCUGGCCUAUCAAGACCAGAGCUUUGAUAUUCCUGACCGAACGUUCCACUCUAUGAACACCACAUGGCGUCUUUCGUCCUACGAAUCUAUGACCGAUGUUAAAGAGCUAAUCCCAGAGUUCUUCUACCUGCCCGAGUUUCUGGUCAACAGAGAAGGUUUUGACUUUGGCGUGCGUCAGAACAGCGAGCGGGUAAAUCACGUGAACCUGCCGCCCUGGGCCCGAAAUGACCCGCGACUCUUCAUCCUGAUUCACAGACAGGCUCUGGAAUCGGACCAGGUCUCUCAGACGCUGUGCCAGUGGAUCGACCUGGUGUUUGGACUCAAACAGAAGGGCAGAGCUGCUGUUCAGGCCAUCAAUGUUUUCCAUCCCGCAACUUACUUUGGCAUGGAUGUAUCUGCUGUUGAAGAUCCAGUGCAGCGUCGGGCUUUAGAAACCAUGAUAAAGACAUAUGGCCAGACACCCAGACAGCUGUUUAACGCCUCCCACAUAAGCCGAGCUGGAAGCAAACUCAUUUCUGAGGGAGAACUGCCUGCAGCCAUGGGUCUUCUGGUGCAGCUGGCCUUCAGAGAGCCCCGCGAACAGCCCAAAGACACCGUCUACCCGAGCCCUCUGUCGUGGAUAAAAGGGUUGAAAUGGGGUGAGUAUGUGGGUUCCCCCAGCGCUCCGGACCCUGUGGUCUGUUUCAGUCAACCUCACGGCGAGCGUUUCGGCUCUCUGCUGGCACUGCCCACACGUGCCAUCUGCGGCCUGUCCCGCAAGUUCUGCCUCAUGAUGAUCUACAGCAAAGAGCAAGGAGUGAGAAGCAUGCACAGCACAGACAUUCAGUGGUCAGCCAUUCUCAGCUGGGGCUACAGCGACAACAUGCUGCGUCUGAAGAGCAAGCAGAGCGAGCCGCCCAUCAACUUCAUCCAGUGCUCACCAUUGCACCAGGUGACUAGUUGCGCCUGGGUGCCGGACAGUUGUCAGCUGUUUACGGGCAGCAAGUGUGGAGUCAUCACCGCCUACAGCAACCGCUUCACCACCACGAUGCCAACAGAAAUAGAGGUGGAGUCUCAGGUUUACCUGUACGGUCACACAGCGGAGGUCACAGGUCUAUUCGUCUGUAAACCAUACAGCAUCCUUAUCAGUGUUAGCAGAGAUGGUACCUGUAUCCUGUGGGACCUUAACAGGUUGUGUUAUGUACAGAGCCUGACAGGUCAUAAGAGUCCAGUGAACGCCGUGUCAGCCAGUGAGACAACUGGAGACAUCGCCACUGUUUGUGAUUCAGUUGGUGGAGGAAGCGAUUUAAGGCUGUGGACGAUUAACGGAGAUUUGAUCGGUCACGUUCACUGUCGAGAGAUCAUUUGCUCCGUGGCGUUCUCCAAUCAGCCGGAAGGCGUGUCAGUCAAUGUGAUCGCUGGAGGUCUGGAAAACGGUGUGGUCAGGUUAUGGAGCACAUGGGACCUGAAGCCAGUUAGAGAAAUUACCUUCCCCAAAUCCAACAGGCCUAUUAUAAGUCUUACCUUCUCGUGUGACGGACACCACCUUUACACGGCCAACAGCGACGGGACUGUGAUCGCUUGGUGUCGACGAGACCAGCAGCGCAUGAAGCUGCCCAUGUUUUACUCUUUCCUCAGCAGCUACGCUGCAGGAUGAUUCUCUCUCACCGCUAUUACCCACAAUCCUUCACAGUACAGACGCUCUGAGCGAUCCCGCUGACCAAUGAAGAGAAGGCCGGCAUGCAAAGCCCCGCCCAUGAGACCACAGUCCGCCCCGUGAAAAGUCAUGGGAUUGCACUUUACUUUGUGCUAGAACUCCUAAACUGCAUAUUUAUAUACUUGCGAUUAUCGUGCAUGGGUGCAAAGGUGUUAAAGGAGGGCAGAAUGAACCGGGAGCUCCGCCCAUGUCAUUUUCGAAGUGUUUUUGUUCAUUUGUAUCAGUAUCAGUUGUUAUGUGUUUUGUUUAACAGUCCUUGUGUUUGAUUUAGUGAUGUUUAAUUUUGAACGCUGCUACCGUCUGGACCGUCCAGACUCCAUGUACGAGACCAUAAUUCUCUUUCUGUCCAUUUUUCACGCCGACCCUUCAGAUGCAUCUUCAGAUUCAUCGUUUCUCUAAGAACACUGUAGUUUGUAUUCUCACAGAAUCAGCAUUAAUAAUCCAUGCCGCAGCGGAACCGGUUUAUAAAUGGGAUAUAUUCCCAGUGCUUCCUGAUCGAAUGUCACACUCCUUAUUUUAACAGAUCAGUAUGCAGACCGCUGCAUGCACAAGUGACAUGCAGUGGCGCAAUGAAUGUGCAUGCAUGCUGAAAUGACGUUGCUCCGCCCCUCGGUGCAAAAAGUAUUUAUUUUCAGGAUGAAAGCCACAAUCUCAGUAUCUUUUUGUUGUUAUUUAUUUGUAAAAUGCACUUGAGACAGUUGAGGUGUGUUGUUCGAGUCAUUUAUCAUUGAUGUCACUGUUUGUUUGAGAUAUGUUUUCAUACAGUAAACAUCCCUGUUAUCAAUAUAUGAAAGCAUUCAUAGUAAUUUAAUAAACAACUAAUAUCUAUAGUAUCCUAUUCUAUACUGUUCUGUUUUAUGCUCUUCUAUUCUAAUCUUUUCUGUUUUGUUCUCUCUGUCGUAUUUUGUUCUUGUCUUGUAAUAAAUUAUAUUGUUUCGCAUGUUCACUCGGUCAAGGGUGAACUUUAAUAAACAUAGUUUUGUCACCCAUA